UUAAAACCCAAGCCCUAGUUUCGGCAGCUAGCAAUCUUCAGUGAAAGAUUCCAGAUUUCCAGACAAUACUCGAAGCGCUUCGCAUCGGAAAGAGCUUCGGAAGCUUGCCUGCGGCCACCUAGUCCGCCGCUUCAUUUUUCAGGUAGAGGAUUUCGUUAGUUAGCUAUGGAUGAUAGUUUGUAUGAUGAGUUCGGUAAUUAUAUUGGACCGGAGAUUGAGUCCGACCGGGAUAGUGACCGGGAGGACGAAGAUGAGGAGCUGCCUGACAGGGACGACGUUGACGAGGCUGCGUCUGAUGGUGAACGCGAAAAUGGAGCUUCGAAUGGGUGGCUAAUGAGCCCGGAUGAUGUUGAUAUGGAUAAUCAAGUUGUGCUUGCUGAAGACAAGAAGUAUUAUCCUACUGCAGAAGAGGUUUAUGGGGAAGAAGUUGAGACAUUGGUGAUGGAUGAAGAUGAACAGCCCCUUGAGCAACCGAUAAUCAAGCCUGUUAAGAAUUUGAAGUUUGAAUUGGGCGUCAAGGAUUCGUCUACUUAUGUUUCGACUCAGUUUCUUCUUGGUCUCAUGUCGAACCCGGCACUGGUACGGAAUGUUGCUUUGGUUGGGCACUUGCAUCAUGGGAAGACAUUGUUUAUGGAUAUGCUGGUGGAGCAAACUCACCACAUAUCUACGUUUGACCAAAACAGUGAGAAGCAUAUGAGGUAUACUGAUACAAGAAUUGAUGAGCAAGAAAGGAAGAUCUCAAUCAAGGCUGUUCCAAUGACAUUAGUGCUUGAAGAUAGUAACUCCAAGUCAUACCUCUGUAACAUUAUGGAUACCCCUGGUCAUGUCAACUUCUCUGAUGAAAUGACUGCUGCACUUAGACUUGCUGAUGGUGCAGUCUUGAUUGUUGAUGCUGUUGAAGGAGUGAUGGUAAACACUGAGAGAGCUAUAAAACAUGCAAUCCAAGAGCGCCUUCCCAUAGUUGUUGUAAUUAAUAAGGUUGACAGGCUGAUAACUGAACUAAAACUACCCCCCAAGGAUGCCUACUUUAAGCUGAGACAUACUAUCGAAGUUAUCAAUACCCAUAUCACUGCAGCAUCUUCCACAGCUGGAAAUGCCCAGUUCAUUGAUCCUGCUCUUGGAAAUGUUUGUUUUGCAAGUGCCACUGCUGGAUGGUCCUUCACUCUCCAGUCUUUUGCAAAGCUUUAUGUGAAGCUACAUGGAAUACCUUUUGAUGCUGACAAAUUUGCAUCUCGGCUUUGGGGAGACUACUACUUUGAUAGUGAUAGCAGAAGUUUCAAGAAGAAACAACCUGCUAAUGGUGUUGAAAGAUCUUUUGUGCAGUUUGUGCUCGAACCCCUUUAUAAGAUCUACAGUCAAGUAAUUGGAGAGCAUAAAAAGAGCGUUGAAGCAACUUUGGCAGAGCUUGGUGUGACCCUUCCAAAUUCAGCUUACAGGCUAAAUGUUAGACCCUUACUGAGGCUUGCUUGUAGUGCUGUUUUUGGUAGUGCCACAGGCUUUACUGAUAUGCUGGUGCGUCACAUUCCGUCUGCCAAAGCAGCAGCGGCUAGGAAGGUCGAGCACAUAUAUACUGGUCCAAAGGAUUCCGUAAUUUAUCAAGCAAUGGAAGAAUGCGAUCCUGCUGGCCCCUUAAUGGUUAAUGUGACUAAACUUUAUCCCAAGUCAGAUUGCAGUGUUUUUGAUGCUUUUGGUAGGGUCUAUAGUGGAGAAAUUAUGACAGGGCAAACUCUACGUGUUCUAGGAGAAGGGUAUUCACCAGAUGAUGAGGAGGAUAUGACCAUAAAAGAAGUAACAAAGUUGUGGGUAUACCAAGCCCGGUACAGAAUACCUAUAAGCAAGGCUCCUCCAGGCUCAUGGGUUCUGAUUGAAGGUGUUGAUGCUUCAAUUAUGAAAACUGCAACACUUUGUAAUGUUGAUUAUAAUGACGAUGUAUACAUAUUUCGGCCUCUUCAGUUCAAUACUCUUCCAGUGGUGAAAACAGCAACUGAGCCUUUAAAUCCGAGCGAAUUGCCUAAAAUGGUGGAGGGCCUCAGGAAAAUCAGCAAGAGCUAUCCUCUUGCAAUCACCAAGGUUGAAGAGUCUGGAGAGCACACAAUUUUGGGUACUGGAGAGCUGUACCUAGAUUCCAUAAUGAAGGACCUUAGAGAGCUAUAUUCUGAAGUGGAAGUGAAGGUAGCUGAUCCAGUUGUCUCCUUUUGCGAAACAGUGGUGGAGUCUUCUUCAAUGAAGUGCUUUGCUGAAACUCCUAAUAAGAAAAACAAAAUCACUAUGAUUGCUGAGCCACUGGAGAAAGGACUUGCUGAGGACAUUGAGAAUGGUGUUGUGAGUAUAGAUUGGCCGCGAAAGAAACUUGGUGACUUUUUUCAGACAAAGUAUGACUGGGAUCUGCUUGCUGCACGAUCUAUUUGGGCAUUUGGACCUGAUAGGCAGGGACCUAACAUUUUGCUGGAUGAUACCCUUUCAAGUGAAGUUGACAAGAGUUUAUUAAAUGCUGUUAAGGAUUCUGUUGUACAAGGGUUUCAGUGGGGUGCUCGAGAAGGACCCCUUUGUGAUGAGCCCAUCAGAGGUGUCAAAUUCAAAAUAGUUGAUGCAAAGAUUGCACCUGAGCCAUUGCACCGUGGAACAGGCCAGAUCAUCCCAACCGCAAGACGGGUGGCUUACUCAUCCUUCCUUAUGGCUACCCCAAGGCUUAUGGAACCUGUAUAUUAUGUGGAGAUACAGACACCUAUAGACUGUGUUUCUGCUAUUUUCCAAGUGUUGUCACGCAGGCGUGGACAUGUUACAGCAGAUGUUCCUCAACCAGGAACUCCUGCCUACAUUGUGAAGGCAUUUUUACCUGUUAUUGAAUCAUUUGGUUUUGAGACGGACCUGAGGUACCACACACAAGGGCAGGCAUUCUGCGUCUCCGCUUUUGAUCAUUGGAGUAUUGUUCCUGGGGAUCCUCUGGAUAAGAGCAUUGUUCUUCGUCCACUUGAGCCUGCUCCAAUUCAACACCUUGCUCGUGAAUUCAUGGUGAAGACAAGGCGUAGAAAGGGAAUGAGCGAGGACGUAUCCAUCAACAAGUUCUUCGAUGAGGCCAUGAUGGUAGAACUAGCACAGCAGGAUGCUGAGCUUCAUCAACAAAUGUUUUAAUUUUAGUGAUGCAGAUACGGAAAGGUCAUACAGUGUUUCUGUGCAAAUUGGUGUAUUUUAUUCUGCAACAUCAAAUGAGGUAUUUUAGAUUAGAUAAUGUAACAACGCAACAUUAGAUAGUGGCUUGUGAGUGCCAGAGCGAAGAUAUUGAUGAGGCUUACUAAACGAAUUACCUUGUAUUGCAAUGAGGCAUAUUGGAUUCGUACCUUUUACUGUAUUCUAUGUUUAGGUAACUUGUUUGAAUUU